ACAUACAUACUUGGAGGCGACCUGCAGUGAAUAAAACUCACCUCAAUUACUUCGAUUAUUUCAUCGUCCAAAACGAAGAAGAAAUAGGGCCUUUUUCCAGCUGGAAAUGGGGUCGACUUGUCCAACUCCAUUGCCUUUGUGGGCUUCUUCUCAGCCAUGCAUUAUGGGCAUUGAUGAAGCUGGAAGGGGCCCUGUUCUUGGCCCUAUGGUAUAUGGAUGCUUGUUCUGCGCUGUCUCCUAUCAGAAGACGCUUGCCUCCUUGAACUUUGCAGAUUCAAAAACCUUGAAAGAGGAAAAGAGGGAAGAACUGUUCGAAAAUUUAAAAGCCAACGAUUCUAUUGGAUGGAGCGUAGAUAUUAUAGAUCCAAGGGAUCUCUCAGCUAAAAUGCUAAAGAAAACAAAAAUUAACCUGAAUGAAAUAUCGCAUGAUUCUGCUAUGGGCCUUGUUUCUAGGGUUCUUGACAUGGGUGUUCUACUAACAGAGGUCUAUGUUGAUACUGUGGGAGAUGCAGAGAAGUACAGAAUCAAAUUGUCAGAAAGAUUUCCAGGCAUCAAAUUUGUGGUCGCAAAGAAAGCCGAUAGUCUUUUUCCAGUCGUCAGUGGAGCAAGCAUAGUUGCUAAGGUUACCAGAGAUAGAGCCCUCCAUGGCUGGGUGCUUGAAGAAACAGCAGAGAAUAUGCAUAACAACUUUGGAUCUGGAUAUCCUGGAGACCCUGAAACGAAAGCCUGGUUGGACCAUCACAAACAUUCGGUGUUUGGAUUCCCAACAUUGGUACGAUUCAGUUGGGGCACAUGCACUCCCUACUUCAAAGACAUCGUUGAAGUUUUAUGAUGACUUGGCCCCAAAAUCGGGACUGUCAACUCAUCUGGUGGAUCAGACAAACACAGUUUUGAAGAACUGUCCUGCUGCAGUUCACAUCCAACAUCUAUGAUGAACAGGGACUGGCCUAUUUGCCAGGCCAGGUCAUGUACCUGUUGAGCUCCACAGCUCGUAUGUUGGCUUUUGCAGGCUUAGCAAAGUUGUUAUAUCUUUUAUUCAAAUGGAGGAAAUUUGAUGGGGACAUCAUGCACAUGCCCCCUCUACACACGUAUUCGAGGAGGAGGCGGGCCUCACUUUCGAUUUUGAUCGACAAUGACAUCUUUGGAGGGUCUCAUAAUUAGAGGGCUGCGUUAUGGAGCACUGGAGUGGACCCGAUCAUCACAUAGAUUCUUCCAUCGGAUCUCAUGAUCGUGGCCCACUGCUUUAGAUGAUAUAGGAUUUUGAGUUUUGACUAUUUUUGUUAUUAGAAACAUCAUAAACGGCUUUAAUUGGUUAGAUUAGUUAUUUUAUUUGCUUUAGCUUUGGUAUUAGUGUGCGCACAUGACACAAGGGUAAUUUUGUUUUUUUUUGGGUUUUGGGUUUUCUUAUAAAUAUAGCAA